CAGUCUUUCGUCUCAGUCUCGAGUGCCCGCGAGCUGCCCGCCGCAAGCUCUCCGGCAUCCUCAGGGUCCGCGGCCGCCAUCGACGCCGCGAGGGAUUCCUCUGAACUCGUCUUGCGCCAACGCGCUCCGUUCCGUCGUCAGCCGCCGCCAUGGUGAAGCUGGCUAAGGCUGGUAAAAACCAAGAACCUAAGAAGAUGGCUCCCCCUCCGAAGGAGGUAGAAGAGGACAGUGACGAUGAGGAGAUGUCAGAAGACGAGGACGAAGAAAGCAGUGGAGAGGAGAUAGUUGUCCCUCAGAAGAAAGGGAAGAAGGCUGCCGCUGUUCCGGCCAAGAAGGCGGUGGCUUCUCCCGCCAAGAAGCUGGCAGUCCCUACUCCGGCCAAAAAAGCUGUUGUCACGCCAGGUAAAAAGGGAGCUGCCACACCAGCCAAGAAAGCAGUGGUGACACCUGGCAAGAAGGGAGCCACGCCAGGCAAAGCACUGGCAGCAGUGCCAGGGAAGAAGGGGGUGGUCAUCCCAGCCAAGGGGGCAAAGAACGGAAAGAAUGCAAAGAAAGAAGACAGUGAGGAAGAUGAGGAUGAGGAUGAUAGCGAGGACGAUGAUGAUGAAGACGAGGAGGAUGAAGAUGAGGAUGAAGACGAGUUUGAAUCGACGGUGGUAAAAGCAGCAGCGAAGGCCCCUGCCCCUGCCUCAGAGGAUGAGGAGGAUGACGAAGAUGAUGAUGAAGAUGACGAGGAGGAGGAUGAGGAGGAAGAUGACUCUGAAGAAGAGGCUAUGGAAGUCACCCCGGCAAAGGGAAAGAAGGCCCCUGCAAAAGCUGUGCCUGUGAAAGCUAAGACAGUGGCUGAGGAGGACGAUGAAGAGGAAGAUGACGAUGAUGAAGAUGAUGAGGAUGAGGACGAGGAGGAGGAGGAUGAGGAAGAUGAGGAGGAAGAAGAUGAUGAAGAGGAGGAGGAGGAGGAGGAAGAGCCUGUCAAGGUAGCCCUUGGGAAGAGGAAGAAGGAAGCAGGCAAGCAGAAAGCAGCUCCGGAAGCCAAGAAACAGAAGGUGGAAGGUACAGAGCCAACCACAUCUUUCAAUUUGUUCGUUGGAAACCUGAAUUCUAACAAAUCUGCUCCUGAAUUGAAGACUGGUAUCAGUGACGCUUUCGCUAAAAAUGAUCUUGCGGUUGUCGAUGUCAGAAUUGGCACGAACAGGAAGUUUGGCUAUGUGGAUUUUGAAUCUGCUGAAGACCUAGAAAGAGCCUUGGAACUCACUGGUGUAAAAGUCUUUGGUAAUGAAAUCAAACUGGAGAAACCAAAAGGAAAAGACAGCAAGAAGGGUAGAGACGCAAGAACACUUCUAGCUAAAAACCUCCCUUACAAAGUCACUCAGGAAGAAUUAAAAGAAGUGUUUGAAGAUGCUGUGGAAAUCAGAUUGGUCAGCAAAGAUGGGAAGAGUAAAGGGUUUGCUUAUAUUGAAUUUAAAACAGAAGCUGAUGCAGAGAAAACCUUUGAAGAAAAGCAGGGCACAGAGAUUGACGGGCGAUCUGUUUCCCUGUACUACACUGGAGAGAAAGCUCAAAAUCAGGACCACAGAGGGGGCAAGAACAGCACUUGGAGUGGUGAAUCAAAAACUCUGGUUUUGAGCAAUCUUUCCUACAGUGCAACAGAAGAGACUUUGCAGGAGGUUUUCGAGAAGGCCACGUUCAUCAAGGUGCCACAGAACCAAAAUGGCAAGCCUAAAGGGUAUGCUUUUAUAGAAUUUGCUUCAUUUGAAGAUGCUAAAGAAGCUUUAAAUUCCUGUAAUAAAAGGGAGAUUGAGGGCCGGGCCAUUAGGCUGGAGUUACAAGCACCCCGAGGAUCGCCCAAUGCCAGAAACCAGCCAACCAAGACCUUGUUUGUCAAAGGUCUGUCUGAGGAGACCACAGAGGAGACGCUAAAGGAAUCAUUUGAUGGCUCUAUUCGAGCGAGGAUAGUAACUGACCGGGAGACCGGGUCCUCGAAAGGGUUUGGUUUUGUAGACUUCAACAGUGAGGAAGAUGCUAAAGCCGCCAAGGAGGCGAUGGAAGAUGGGGAAAUUGAUGGGAACAAAGUGAUCUUGGACUGGGCCAAGCCUAAGGGUGAAGGCGGCUUCGGGGGCCGUGGGGGCGGCAGAGGCGGCUUCGGAGGCCGAGGCGGAGGCAGAGGAGGCCGUGGCGGAUUCGGGGGCCGAGGCAGGGGUGGCUUUGGAGGGCGAGGAGGCUUCCGAGGCGGCAGAGGAGGCGGUGGGGACCACAAACCACAAGGGAAGAAGACAAAGUUUGAGUAGUCCGUCCCCGUCUCCCUCUCGCAUCUGAAAGAAAGGACUCUGGGGUUUGUACUCUGACCCAAUCUGUGGCAGAGCCUUCUGCGGACAUUCCGAGAUCCUGUGCAGGCCUAUGGUCUACUUGCAAAUGCACAUAGAUAACAUUUCAAGGGCAAUACCCUGUUGGUUCUGACUGGAUGUUCAUAUCAACUUUUUAAAAGAGCUGAGUGAUAGUGCUAACCUGUAUCUGUAAGUUUUGAAUUUAUAUUGUUUCAUCCCAUGUACAAAACUUUUUUUUCCUACAAAUAGUUUUGUUUUCUGUUCGGGGCUUGUAAAGGAAAACAAAAUGUUUUAUGAUUUUUGCUUCAGUGACUUUAGGACCGAUUAAAAGUCCUAAACUCUG